AUGAACCACGUGUAUUCUGUUCCGCUAGAAGGAUCUGAAGAAGAAGGAUAUACUCCUGUGUAUCGGAGACCAGAUUACAAGGACAAAUUACUGUCUUGCGAAGACUAUUUCGAUGGUAAAAUACAAACAGGGUGGGAUGUUUUUAAUAGAGGAUUAAGUUUGAGCCGUGAUAAACCCUUUCUAGGAAAACGAGUAAAGAACGAAGAUGGAACUUUGGGAGAGUUCCAGUUCUUGACAUAUGGGGAGGGUGAGACACAGAUUAAGCGUUUCGGUAGCGGACUACUGAAACUAAACAAGUUCCAAGAAGUGUUCGUUAAGGAGGAAAACCAAACUGUUAGAAUGGUGGGAAUUUACUCACAAAACACAGUUGAGUGGCUCAUAACAGAACAAGUGUGCAACGCAUACAACCUAACACUCGUACCACUCUAUGAUACUUUGGGAGAAGAAUCACUCCUGUACAUUGUUAACGUUACCAAGUUGAAUGUAAUAGUAUGCGAUUAUAAGUGCAGUUUGAAGUUGAUGGAGUUGUUGCCAAAGAGUAAUGGAACUGUCUCACUCCUGGUUGUAACGGGAGUGGAUGAGCUUCCGCCUGAACUAGUUAAGGGCUCAGAGUCAUUAAAAUCAGUCACCUUUAAGACUUAUACUGAGAUGGUAAAUUUGGGGAAGGAAAAUGAACUUGAAUUCACACCCUGUACAAAGGAUAGCAUAGGCACAAUUAGCUACACAUCAGGAGUCUCAGGAAUACCCAAAGGAGUUAUCAUCAAACAUUUUCAACACGUCUCCUUAAUAGUGAUUGUCAACAGAAUUGUGUGUGAUGAAAAGAGUAAACUGGAGAAUCCAAAGGUUCAUCUGAGUUAUUUGCCACUUUCACAUAUGUUCGAGCGCCUUUACAUAGGAACUAGCAUCAUCGACGGAAGUGCAAUUGGCCUGUUUUCCGGAGAUAUAAAGAACGUUCUUGAGGACAUCAAGGCCCUCAAGCCCAACGUCUUCCCCUCAGUUCCGAGAGUAUACAUGAGAAUUCAUGACAAGAUAUUCUCGACAGUUUCGCAAAAAUCAUUUUUGAUCAAGUCACUCUUCGGUUUGGGUCUUCAUAGGAAACUGAAGAAAAUCAAAAAAACAGGAGUUGUAACUCACAGAUUCUGGGACAAAAUACUCUUCAGCAAAUUCAACAUGCUACUGGGAGGAAGAGUUAAUUGGAUGUUGACAGGUUCAGCACCUUUAACCCCGAAGAUAUUCGAUAAUAUCCGAGCACUCUUCUCAAUUCCACUUGUUUCAGGUUAUGGACUAACUGAAACCUGUGCAGGAGCGUUUCAUACUGAAAGAUAUGAACCUGAUUCAACACACGUCGGAGGACCAGUGCCCUGCAUGGAAUUCAGACUCAAAUCAUUACCAGACUACAACUAUUACACAACUGACAAGAUUCCAAAGGGUGAAUUGUUGUUAAGGGGACAUAACAUUGUGAGUUCAUACUUCAAUGAUGAAGUUACCAAUAAAGAAUCCUUCGACGAGAAUAAAUGGUUCUUAACCGGAGAUAUUGCGGAACUUUUACCAAACGGAGCCAUCAGAAUCAUUGAUCGGAGGAAGAAUAUCUUUAAACUUUCACAAGGAGAAUAUAUAUCACCUGAAAAAAUAGAAUCCAUUCUCAACACUGUCCCAAUCAUAUGCCAGUCAUACGUCACAGGAAAAUCACAUUUCUUGAAACCCGUUGCUGUGGUUGUUCCAGACGAGUUCGAACUGGAAUUAUGGUCUAAAAAGUAUGGAUUCUCAAAUUUGGAUAGAAAAGAACAAUGCAAUCUCAAAGAAUUACAAGAAUACAUGUCAAAAGAAAUUGAAAAGGUGUUCCAUAAUAGCGAUGUGAAAGGAUUCGAAAAAAUCAAAAACUUCUACAUUGAACACGAAAUGUUCACAAUUGAAAAUAAUUUACUCACCACUACAAGCAAAUUGAAAAGAUAUGUUUUAUCACAAGUAGGUCAAAUUGGUCUAAUUUUACUUUUAGAAAUACUCAGAACAAAUCAACCAAUUAAACGACUCUUAAUCUUUUAUAAUGAGUGUAGUAUAGAGGAAGGAAUGUUAAGGCUGAACAACAGAGUAGUAACAAAGCUGUGCGGCCAAGAUUCCUUCAACUUUUUACAAGGAUUAAUUAGUAGUGAUUUGAGACUAGUUAGAGCUCAAGAAACGAGGCCUGCGCUGUUUUUAUCAUCGCAGGGACACAUUGUGGCGGAAUCCUUAAUUUUUACACACGAAGGGGAUUUUUACCUAGAUUCCCUUAAAGUUAAUCAUAGUAAAAUUCUUAACAUCAUAAAUAAGAGAAAAUUGGCGUCAAAAGUGUAUACGAAAACCACUGAGUCGGAAGUGUAUGUAAACACCUCUGAAUCUGACUUUUAUUCACACUUUCAAACCGAAAAAACUAAAGAAAAUAAAGAUUUUAUUAAGCUUCUGGAUACAAGAAAUCAGUUUUUUGGACAUAGAUACUACUGCAUCUCUAAUAACAUAGUAGAUGGAGUUGAUUUUAAUACUCUAGGGAAGGAUAAUUUUGAGAAAAAUCAGGAGAACCUGAGUGUGUAUGACAUAAUGUUGUUGAUGAAUAAUUAUGUGAUGGAUGUGAUGAUGAGCAAACCUGGGUUUGUAGAGUACAAAUUGAUGCCGUUUGAUCUGAAUUUGCAGAAUUUCAACUAUCUAAGCGCUAAUAAGGGCUGUUACGUAGGCCAAGAAAUCAUUAAUCGCAUUAACAAUAAGGUGUUGAUAAAUAAAUAUAAACUAUAUAUAGCACUCAGUGAUGAUUUUAAAAACAUGUCGAAAAAUACUAAUAAAUCAAUUGAAAAUGAGUUUUUAAAUCAAUUACCUCUUUUGAACUCGAUUCGCAAGGUUUUGAAUAGUGAUUUACAGAAUAGUGUAAAUUAUAAUUUUUUCAAUUCGUUUAAGAAUUUGAAGAUUAUUCCAAAUGAUUGUUUGUCAUUUUCACCUGAUGUAAAGGAGUUGGUUAAUAAUAAAAGGCUAAUUCCUAUUUUGUUUGAUAACAAAUUUGGUUUUGUACUACUCAACCGGAAUAUAAACUUGAAGUUUUUAACAAUUGAUGGUCAACAAUACACAAUUUAUAAUAUUUAA